ACUGCAGGCGAAACGAACGCAGUGGAAAAGGCAAAUCGCUGAGGAAAAGUUUGACAAUGUCGAGCACGUUGAAAGGGAUUACUCUCAAAGGCAGCGCCGAGCUGGUUGCCGAGUUUUUUUCAUUUGGUAUCAACAGUAUUUUAUACCAAAGAGGGAUCUACCCCCCGGAAACUUUCACUCGAGUUACCCAGUACGACAUGAGUCUGUACCUCACCACCGACUCCAAGCUGAAGAACUACCUGACCAACGUGGUGACCCAGCUCAAAGAGUGGUUGUUCGACUGCACAGUUCAGAAGCUUGUCGUUGUGAUAACGUGUUUGGAGACUAACGAGGUGUUGGAGAGGUGGCAGUUUGACAUCGAGUGUGACAAGACCGCUAAGCAGAGCAGUGCUCCCAGAGAAAAGUCCAUCAAGGCCAUUCAGGAGGAGAUCCGCUCCGUCAUCCGACAGAUCACAGCCACGGUCACGUUCCUGCCGCUGCUGGAGACUGCAUGUGCGUUCGAUCUCCUCAUCUACACGGACAAAGACCUGGAGGUGCCCGAGAAGUGGGAGGAGUCCGGGCCUCAGAUGAUCACUGACUCGGAGGAGGUUCGUCUGCGCUCCUUCACCACCACCAUCCACAAGGUCAACAGCAUGGUGGCCUAUAAGAGGACCGACUCCAUGUAGACUCGC